AUGUAUGUGGACCUGAACUUGAAAUUCUCAUCAGUAGGGAAGGCCAAAGCGCUCAUAGCCAAGGCGCUCAAUGUAGGGUUCAGCAUCGUAGCAAUCAGUGUACAAUAUGAGGAACACAAUAAGCCUAUUUUAUCUGAAUCUUUUAAUGUAGUAAAUUGCUUUGUGUGUAAUGAAAAGGUUCUGGAGAAAAAUAAUGGACAGAGCUCAUCAGGGAAUUAUUUUGUUGACCGAGUGGAUGAGAAAGAAGAACUACGUGAACAACUGAUCCAGAUAAGUGGGAACCUUGAAGGAAACUACAUUUUAGUAAACCGACCCAAUACAUUAAGCAUUAAAAAUAUAUGUGAUGAUUUUAUAAUGCAUGGGCAUAGCCAAGUGCCGACCGAAGAAGACUUGGCAAGAUUAAAGGACGAGUUAAUUGGCACCAACAGUAUGACAAGUACCCAUCAAAGUCUCAUCCUCACAAAUAAUACAAACACGUACAUACUGAAGAGACUUAAUAUAAAAUAUGAAGAUGCAUUGAACAUGGAAAACUACAACCAAUUUUUGAAAGACAACAAUUUCGAUAUCAUUGCCAUCGAAGUUGGCUCUGUAGAAGAAAUAAAUUGUGUCGCCAUGAAAUUUGACUGUGAUAUAAUAUUUUUAAACAUGAAUACCUCCUUUGCACAAUUGAAAAAAUCUGAUGUACAGAGUGCACUAGAUAGAGGGAUUUUCUUCGAAAUAUCUUCUCUCACCACUGCAACUGAGGAUUCGCAUUAUUAUCACUUAGCUUUAAAUAUUUGUAGCCUCUUCUCUGUUGUCCCCUUUAGCAGAAUCAUCGCUUCCUCUGGGGCGUUCACAGAGUUCGAUAUCUUAGAACCCCUCAAUUUUAUACGACUCUUUUUUAAUUUCCACAAAAUUUCCUACAAAGACAUAAUAGGGUGCAUCACCACUGCGCCAAUUGCCUGUUUGCAGCGGGCCUCCGUUCGCAAGUCCCUUAACACCGCCAUUUUUCAGAGGUAG